AUGCUGGCUGAUCGCCAUGCAUCGCCUUUUUCUCCUCCGCUUCAUUGGCCACGCUAUCAAGGCCAGGUACCAUCACGUGUACCUGACGACGGUAUCAUGCCUUUGCACAAGCUGAUAAGUGUAGAUUACCCAGACCCAUUCUUGAUGCUGUGA